CCCUUAGGAAACAGUAGCGAGUGCGCUGGCGUUGCGGAAACACCUACGGAGGCACGAUGGGCAGGAGAAAAAUAGACGAGGUUCUUCUUUCAGCGUUUGGCUGGGUUCCCGCGAGGGUGGCUCUGGGCGCGCUGACGUUCUUCGGUUUCGUGAACCAGUUUAUGGUGCGCGUGAACCUCUCCGUGGCUAUAGUGGCGAUGGUGCACCAGAACAAGACGGUGGAAGACGUUCAGGCUCAGUGCAUUAUGGGUGCGCAAGGGGAGAAUGCUAAUAACUCUUUCGCGGUCGGCACAACGGAGUACCAGGCGAAUGCACUCACCUCUGUGAAUAAUAAAGAACACAGGCAGGACGCGCCGGUAGACGAGAGCCUGGCGUGGGAUGAAGUAACCCAAGGUGUUGUCCUCGCCAGCUACUACUACGGAUACACAAUCACGCAGAUCGCGGGCGGUCGCUUGGCGGAACUGUACGGAACGCGCAUGGUCUAUGGCGGGUGCAUCUUAGGCAGCGGAAUAAUAACUCUCUUUACGCCCAUAGCCGCCCGCGCCCACGUCGGUGCUGCUAUUGCUCUGAGGGUGCUGCUGGGGUUGACCGGGGGCGUGGCUUGGCCUUCAAUGCACGCCCUUUUAUCCCGAUGGAUUCCGCCCACAGAACGCCCACGCUUCAUCGCCUUUUCGUAUUUGGCAACUACCCUAAGUGUGACCUUCACGCUGCCCCUGUGCGGCCUUAUCAUCGACUGGCACGGGUGGGAAGCAGUCUUCUACACCACGGGCGUUCUGUGCCUGACCUGGUGCAUGCUGUGGUUCGCUCUCAUGCAUGACUCUCCCGGCAAGCACCCCAGAAUCAGUCGAGAGGAGCGUGAGCAUAUCGAGAUGUCAGUGGCGGCGGGGGGGAGCUCAAAGAAGACGGGAGCUGGCAUCCCCUGGCGCCACAUAAGCACCAGCAUGCCUAUGUGGGCCAUUAUUGUGUGCGACAUGGGCAAUACUUUCGGCCUCUCCAUCUACCUCACUCAGCUGCCCACCUACAUGAGGAAUGUCCUGGGAUUCUCCAUUAAGAAGAACGGCCUGCUCUCCGGCCUGCCUUUCCUCUGCCGUUACGUUGGGGGCAUCAUCUCCAGCACUGUUGGAGAUUGGCUGCUCACUCGCGGCUUCCUCUCCAUCGUCAACACGCGCAGAAUCUUCAGUGCUAUUGCCAUGUUGGGACCGACAGUCGUCUUAGUGGGCGUGGCCUAUUCCGGCUGUGACCCCGCCCUCACCGUCUCCCUCCUGUGCCUCAGCAUGUUCCUCAACGGCGCUAUAACCACCAGUCAACUCGUCAACCACACAGAUAUCGCUCCUAAUUUUUCAGGGACGUUGUUUGGAAUCAGCAAUACCUUCGCCUCGAUUGCAUCCUUCAUUUCUCCCGUGGCGGUGGCGGCCAUCAUCGAGAACCAGCAAACGAUGACCCAGUGGCACAAGGUGUUCUGGAUGUGCGUGCCCAUCUACGCCGCCUCCGAGAUCUUCUACCUGGCCUUCUGCUCGGGCACAGUGCAGCCCUGGAACUACGCGGGCCAGCACCGUCGCCACGCCCACGAGGAGGCGGAGCGAGACGGACCCGAGGCCACGGCGCUUCAGUAGGCUCGUGGAGGUCAUCGCGCGAGCACGUGC